UGACCGCCGCUGCGCCGGAGUUUCUACGACAGCUGGGAGCCGCGAGAGAGAGAGAGAGAGAGAGAGAGAGCGAGAGAGGAGGACCGAGCGCGAGAGGCGGCUGUGCCUGCGACGCUUCGCUCAAAGUUUCUGCAGCAUGGGAGACAAGAGGAGUCCGACGAGGCCGAAACGCCAAGCGAAGCCCUCCUCCGACGACGGCUACUGGGACUGCAGCGUGUGUACGUUCAAGAACAGCGCCGAAGCGUUCAAAUGCAUGAUGUGCGAUGUCAGGAAGGGAACGUCAACGCGGAAACCUCGUCCCGUUUCCCAGCUGGUAGCCCAGCAAGUCACACAGCAGUUUGCUUCACCCACACAGCCCAAGAAAGAUAAAAAGGAUAAGACGGAGAAGGACAAGAACGAGAGGGAACCGACACUGAAAAAGAACAGCCACAAGAAAAUGAGGCCCAGGUUAAAAAAUGUGGACCGGAGCAGCGCGCAGCAUCUGGAAGUGACAGUGGGAGACCUGACGGUUAUCAUAACAGACUUUAAGGAGAAAACUAAGCCCUCCUCCAGUUCGUCCUCCAGCGCAGCAUCCGGAGACCACCACAGCCAGAGCGGAUCCAACUCAGACAACACAGAGAAGGGGAUCUCCAGAUCCUCGUCUCCGCGAGGGGAGGGUUCCUCGCUCAACGGGGAGUCCCACUAGGAAUCCCUGGAUUACGAACGUUACUUCCAGUCUCCUGCACCUAAUAUAUCCAUUUUAAACGAACAGUCACAGGAGCGCGCUUAUGUAUGCCAAGACUUACAGAGAAAGCAGGUUUAACCCAGCAAUAUAAGCCAUCUCUCACCACUACCACAGUCACACGCUCAGAAACAUAGGAUCUCACCACAAUACACUCGUCCCGUUUCGUUACAAUGCCCAGUAGGUCAGCUUGAGAUAAACUGUAGACUUUGUAAGCAAUUUUGACGAUUAAAUUUUGACGGUUUAAUUUCUAUAGCACGUGGUAGUAUUACGAAUCAGAUAUGUGUUGUUGUCUGUUUGGAUUUGGACAUUGACACCCAUUCUCGUUCUCUUCAUUAUAGUCGAGUAAUUAUUAUUUUUUUUUACAUUUUUAAUAUGUAAUUUCUGCACCCGUUGCGUCUCGACGGUUAGCCCUGGGGCUUAAAAAGAUUCAACUGGAACACUGUCGUGAACGUACUUGCUUCUACAUCAACGACACGUCGGCUGCAAACCGUAACUUCAAGUAAUAUACUUUCAAUGCAUUACGUGUCGGGUGUUAAGCCCUCUGUGAAUAACUGUGACCCGAACAGGACUUCCCUUCUCAGUGGUUUGUUGCACCUGUUGGUACUUUUUGUACGGUUUUAUGAGACGCAGAAAUUGUUUAAUUUGUCCUUGUUCAUGCCGUUUUGUUUGAAACUUGUCAUAGAUUGCAUCACUUGUGGGGCUAGUUCUACCAGCGCUGUUUUGUGUUAGAUUGUCUUGAUAAUAAUUCUGUUAAUUCCACGAGAAACAUAACAUUUACGACUAAAAAUGACAAAUGUAUUUGUAAGAUGUUGAAUUCAUCCCUCCUUCCUUUAUGAUGAACGGUGGUAUAUAAAUAUAUUGCAGUAUAGGAAAUAUCUCUUAAUAAAAUUUAAGAUUUAGAA